GUUGGUAUUCCACACUCGACCUAGAAGUUAAACCAACUUAGCUGGGCAUCGAUCAAAUUCAAUUGACCAUUGAAUUUUGAUACGAUCGGUCGCGUCCCCGUCAAGGAUUACGCACAAAAAGGAUUACCAAAACGAAAUCGGGAUUAAUUUCAGCAAAACCUCCUGUCUCUUCGCUCCAGUUCGAGUUCGAGUCCGAGUCUCUACAGCUGCCGCUUGUAGCAGUCAAAAAGUGUACAUCAUGAGAAGUGCACUGUACGUCUUGGCGCUUUGCGCUGUGGCGGUGGCCACCGCAACGGCCGACACGCAUGUGCGUAAGGUCCGUGCCGCCGACGGGUACUUCUACCCCACGCCGAAGGUGCCGUUCGAUCUGCCCCCACGCACCACUGAGGCGCCCUACACCCGUCCGCCCACGACGAGGCCUCCGGUAACUCGCGUGCCAGCCACGUACUUGCCUCCUACCAAUAAGCCAGCACCACCGGCCACGACUCGUGUGCCACCGCCACCACCACCGCCAAGGACACCACCCCCAACCAGGCCAGCGACUCGUCCUCCAACACCACCUCCAACAAGGCCAGCGACUCGUCCUCCAGCAACUUAUUUGCCACCCACAAACAAGCCUGCACCACCGGCCACGACUCGUGUGCCACCGCCACCACCACCGCCAAGGACACCACCCCCAACCAGGCCAGCGACUCGUCCUCCAACACCACCUCCAACAAGGCCAGCGACUCGUCCUCCAGCAACUUAUUUGCCACCCACAAACAAGCCUGCACCACCGGCCACGACUCGUGUGCCACCGCCACCACCACCGCCAAGGACACCACCGCCAACAAGGCCACCUACUCGUGCUCCAACUCCACCUCCAACAAGGCCAGCGACUCGUCCUCCAGCAACUUAUUUGCCACCCACAAACAAGCCUGCACCACCGGCCACGACUCGUGUGCCACCGCCACCACCACCGCCAAGGACACCACCCCCAACCAGGCCAGCGACUCGUCCUCCAACACCGCCUCCAACUAGGCCAGCGACUCGUCCUCCAGCAACUUAUUUGCCACCCACAAACAAGCCUGCACCACCGGCCACGACUCGUGUGCCACCGCCACCACCACCGCCAAGAACACCACCCCCAACCAGGCCAGUGACUCGUCCGCCAACACCACCUCCAACAAGGCCAGCGACUCGUCCUCCAGCAACUUAUUUGCCACCCACAAACAAGCCUGCACCACCGGCCACGACUCGUGUGCCACCGCCACCACCACCGCCAAGGACACCACCCCCAACCAGGCCAGUGACUCGUGCUCCAACUCCACCUCCAACAAGGCCAGCGACUCGUCCUCCAGCAACUUAUUUGCCACCCACAAACAAGCCUGCACCACCGGCCACGACUCGUGUGCCACCGCCACCACCACCGCCAAGGACACCACCCCCAACAAGGCCAGCGACUCGUCCUCCAACAAGGCCUCCAACUGCAUCACCAGCACGUACAUCCACUCCAGCACCAACCUACUUGCCACCCACAAACAAGCCUGCACCACCGGCCACGACUCGUGUGCCACCGCCACCACCCCCACCAAGGACACCACCCCCAACAAGGCCACCUACUCGUCCUCCAACUCCUCCCCCAACUAGGCCGCCGACUCCAGUGACCAGACGUACACCACCACCCACUCUGCCACCGACCCGUCCUGCGACCAAGCCACCAACCCGGGCCACAACUCCCGCACCUACUUACCUGCCACCCACAAAUAAGCCAGCACCUCCAGCCACCACCCGUCGCACUCCACCACCCACAGUCCGCACUCCACCCCCAACAGUGCGUACUCCACCACCAACAGUCCGCACUCCACCUCCCACGAGAGCAACUCUCCCACCCACAAGACGCCCAUCCAGCACUCCAGCACCAACCUACUUGCCACCCUCAAACAAGCCUGCACCUCCAGCAACCACACGUCCUCCACUACGCACCACUCAGCCUCCUACCAGACCGCCAACACGACCACCCACCCGCCCUCCCACUCCGCCACCCACAUACCUCCCUCCCACUCCACCACCAACUAGGCCGCCAACCCGUCCACCCACUCCACCACCAACUAGGCCGCCAACCCGUCCACCCACUCCACCACCCACCCGCCAGACCACCAUCUACAUCCCACCCCCGACAAGAGCUAGCGUGCCACCACAGACGACUAAGCACCAGGGCUACCAGUACCCGAAGCCCAGCAUCCCCUUCGACUUCUAGAGAUCAGAGGUCAGAGAGCGUGUCUAGCAGCGCAUUAGCUACUAUAUGUCUAGGGCUGGAUAUUGUAGAUCUAGUCAAUACAGUGUAACGAUACUUCAACGCUUCGGAGGUGCUAGGAACCACUGGAAGCGCCAGCAAGGACGAAAAUUGUUUGUUUUUUAUUCGUAUUUGUAUUUUUGUAAUUAAUGAAUCGCAUACUCAUACAGACACAGCUCUAGGGAUCAUUGUUUCUGUACGAUACAGUGUACCUCUAUAAGGUGUACAGCCAAAAGUCUAUCCAACUCUUGAUAUGUUCUACCACACGCUAUCGAUCGACGUGUGCCUGUCUGUUGUCUAUAACAGGCGAGCACACAAGCUCAAGACUAUAUAGCUCUAUAUUACGAUAAAAUAAACCUUUAUUCGGAUUGCUGAAAACCUGAACAAUAAAAUAAGAUUUUCGAAUAA